AUGGUAGGAUAUAUUGAUGAAGAAUUAAGAAUAGAAUUACAGAAAGAAUUCAGUGACAAAAAAGGAGAAAUAGAAGAUGGUGAUAUGCAAAAAAUAUAUAAAAUAAUAACAGAUAAUAACAGAAAAACUAAAAUAUUUAAAGAUUUACCAGAACCACUGACCAAUUUGGCAUAUAAUAUAUUUUAUGCACAAAUAUAUAGUAGAAAUAUUAACCGUGAUUAUAAAGAAGAUACUGCUAUAUCAGAAAUCAAUGACUCUAUAACUCAAACAUAUGAAAUUAUAGAUAUGAUUGAAGAAGAAGCAAAUACAUUAAACAGUAAAAGUAAAAAAGAGGCAUUUUAUAAAUUAAUAAGUAAUAAUCAUAGUAUCAUGGCACAAGUAUAUAUGAAUAGAAAGAAUUUCUAUGAUUCUUUCAUUAAUAUACUGCGUGAGAAAGCAGGCAUAUCAGAACUAGGUGAAGAAAUAACUUCAAAAGAUGCAAUAGUUAAACUAUGUGAGUUAACUGAAUUAGGAGAGUGCUCUAGAUUACAGAAUGCAUUAAAUAUACUAAUGAAACAUGACGAUAAUCUAACAAUAACAGAUGAGAAUGGAGAAGAACAAUCAAAUAUAUGUGAUUUAGGACUAACUAAUGAUGAUAUUUAUUCAUUGCAAUUACUCGCAAGAACAAAAGAUUCGGAUUUUUUUAAUUUUACUCAUUACAUUAUAAAUAAUUUAAUUUAUAAUUCAAUUUGUAUUCAAGAUAAAGAUAAAAGAUUAUAUACUUCUAUUGGGUGGUUAUAUUAUACAAUAUAUAAUAUGUCUAUUAUACCUACUACGAAUGAUAUAUUUAGCUUAGAUAAAGAUAAGAACAAAAAUACAAUUAAGACACACUUAAAUCAACUGAAGAAUAUGAAAAGUAUUGUUUUUAGGGAUACUAAGUAUACUCCAAUGCUAUUAGAUAAGUGCAAAGUUGUAUUAGGCCAUAAAGAUUUUAAUAUUGAUAAAAUUAGAAAUAACGUACUUCAAAGCUAUUUUAAAUCAAUAAAAUCUGAUAUUUGUGAUAUUAUAGGUAGACCUAUAGAAGAGACUACAAUCAAAGGAUUGUGCUCUAAAACUAUAAUAAUUGUGGCAAUAUUUAUGGUUGUUAUGCUGAUUAUUCUUAGUAUAAUAUUCUUAUAUCUUAAUGAAGCAAAAAAAAUUAUGAAUAAUUUAAAUAUUAUAUGAAGAUAAAAAUGAAUUUUGGGUUAUUCGGAUUAUAUGUGGGUGUGUAUGCUCGAGACUGAUCUACCAAUAUGCAAACUAGGACAUAACCAAACAAAUCAUAUAACUAUGGGGACAGUUCAGUACAUGGUCUAAUACUACUAUGACUAUGUGUACAUCCUUAUACUAUAAUGAUUAUAAUAAAGGGCAUAUCUGUAUUUAGACUGUAUUAUCUGGGUGGAGGCAGUGUUAUUCUUUGUGAGUACGUCAAUAUUAUUAUUUAUAAAUAUUUUUAUU